CGGGAAAAUAUGUUAAAAGUGACGAAAAUGUAAAUUUUUACAUAGGCCGAAAAUAAAAGAGAAGACCAGAGCAGUUAUCAGCCCCAAUAACCCUAAGCCCAUCAUCUAAACACUCAACUCCACCACACCACCACCACAACCGCCACCGGAGAUUCUCAACAGCAAAACCCACAUCCACUUUUGAACAAACUCACCACACACACACACACUCUCACACCAAUCUACCAACCACAAUGGACUUCGACACACCGUCAGAUCUCAUCCACAAAGCUCAGAUCGGCUUCAAACAAGCCGCCGGACUCUCAUCUUUCAACCGUAACGACACAACUCUACCGUCCAUUUCCACCGUCGAAGCCUCCAUAUCCUCCUUAGACCCUUCGCCGCCCUACCUCAGAUGCAAAUUCUGUCACGGUAAGCUUCUCAGAGGCUUACAGUCACUCAUUUGCGUUUACUGCGGUGAAUACCAGAAGAAGGAUCUAGAUCCUGAACCUAUAUCGUUCAGUUCCACCCAUGGUUAUAGCUGGUUAAUUCAAUCAUUGAACUUCAACGGAUCGGAAAGAGUCGGGUCAUUAGCUGAAGGAGGUGGAGUAAACGGAGGACAGAGUGCCGCAGAAGACGAAUUAACUUUAUCCGAUCUUCUAGAUUUAAAAAUUUCAUGGCGGGAGCCUGAGAAACCCGAAAGUAACAUCAGUAUCAAAACCUCUGAUCAUAACAGUUCUUCAAAUCUCGAUUCAACUGAUUUUGACGACUUCUUUACAAAGUCAACGUCAAAGAGCGCAACCGCGCCAGAUGUACUCAAACAACAACCAGUUGCUGUUGCCAGCAAAGCAGAUCAAAAUACGAUCGUCGAGGAUCAAGAAAGUCUUACUGACUGGAAUGCAGAGUUUCAAUUUGCGGAUACCAAAAUCGAAAGCGAGAAGCGCGAAUCGGUUGACCUGUUUGCAGGUUCUGAAGCUGACGUGUCUGCAAACAUAGAUGCGGUUUUUGUACAGACAGAAAGCUUUGAUUUCGAAAAACCGAAUAGCGCUUCCGACCCGUUUCAAGAUGAUCUUUUCGCCAACAUGCCAGAUGUUGAUCUUGGACAGACAGAAAGCUUUGAUUUCGAUAAACCGAAUAACGCUUCGGACCCGUUUCAAGAUGAUCUUUUUGCCAACGUGAGUUCUAAAACGUUUCAGCAGAAUGAUCAGUUGGAUUCAGUUCUUCAAGCGAAAGAUGAUUUACCCGGUGAUCGAAACGAUUCUAGUUUAAAACGUGCGGAUGACGAUUGGUUUAGUGACGAUAACUGGCAGAAAAGUAGCGUAAAAAGCACAUUAAACGAUGUAUCCGUACAGGACAAUCCAAAUGUUUCAUCAACAGAUUGGUUUGAAAAUACCAACAAUACGGCUACCAUUAAAGAAGAUAGUUUAUUUGAUAUUAAACCACAUGCAAAUGACACGAUUCCGUUCGAAAAGUCAGACGUUAAUGACUGGUUUCAAGAUAGUCAGUGGGCGAUCGGUGGUUCUAGUUCUACUACUACUACUAACGUUGUGGUCAGUAACGUUGAUGAUGACAAUGACGGGUUUGGUGAAUGGAAUGAUUUCACAAGCUCUACUGGUAAUCAAGAUUCUGUUCAAGAUUCUUGGAAAGAAAGUGGUACUGAGAAAGUCGAUUAUGGUAGUAGUGAAAAGAUGUCGGAAUUGGAUUUGUUUCAAUCGGCGGUUGAUUCACAGGAUGUGGAUUUCGGCAACUUUAUGCAGUCGGAUAUGUUUUCUGGUGAUAAAAACACGACUGUUACUCAGACGGUGUAUGAUAUCUUUUCGGAACUACCUACAGGAAACAGGAUUGCUAAUACUGAAGCUGGAAAUAAUGCCGAGGGAUUAAACAAGGACGAAAUUACCUCUACUGCAACCACAAGUCCGAAAGAUGAUGUACAAAUGCUGAUGUCACAGAUGCAUGACCUGUCGUUCAUGCUAAAAAACGAGCUUUCAGUUCCAUCAAAGCCCGAUGAUAUUGGCACGUCUCACAGUUAAAGACCAAGGUGAGAUGCAUGUGUACAUUUGAAACUCGGUGUUAAGUUUUUGAGUUCAACUUUUUAAUGGUUUAAUCACAUUUUUAAUCCUCUUGUUGUACCACUUGUAUACUUUUGAGCUGAGUUAUUAAGAGAAUAGUGUGUAGAUAAUAGCUAAGAUGACCAUCGAGAUCCGGUUUAAACUUUGCUUGAUUUGUGAAUCUGUGAUUUUUUAUUAUGAAUUUUGUUGAUUUUUGGUUAA